GUUGCCCUCCCCCCUCCCCGACUCUCCCUCCCUCUCUCUCUGUGUUGCCAAGCCGCUGCCCUCCAGACCAGGCCGUCGCCUUGCACCUCCAUCACUUCUGCGUUUAUUUUCCCCCCGCCAUCUCUGUCUUUCCCGUCGCCGGUUGCAACUCCACGCCACGCAGGCUGACCGCAGCGACGAGAAAGGCCACCAAGGCCACCAGAGCCAGCGUGGGGCCUCUCGUCUGCCUUGGUCACUCUCUCUUCCGUCUGGGCUUUCCCCUCUCCCACUCCGUUCUAUUUUAAUCUCCCGCCGUGUGUUUCCUCACGAUCUCGAACUCGGUUUUGAUGUUGGUUUCAAUGUCACCGAACGUCCCGAACGUCAAUAAACAACGCCGCCACGCCCUCAAAUCUGACCGACCGCCGCUUCGAGAUUGGCAAUGACUUCAGUAAACAUUCGUGCACUGCUUCUAUUCUCCGCAAUUUUUCGUGUCAUUCUUAUUCUCUAUGGAGAAUGGCAAGAUAGUCAUAUGGAGGUUAGAUACACAGAUGUUGAUUACGUCGUCUUUUCUGAUGCUGCUUCUUUAAUGGCUUCAGGAGAUUCCCCAUACAAAAGAACAACAUAUCGUUACUCUCCUUUGCUCGCAUUUCUACUUAUUCCAAAUACAAUCAUUCAUCGCUCAUGGGGGAAAUUUCUCUUUUCAGCUUCUGACUUGCUUGUGGGCUUGUUUAUCCGAUCUAUUUUGAAGCUACGCAGGGUACCUGAGAAUCUAUGCACCUAUUCUGUGAUGAUAUGGCUCCUCAAUCCAUUUACCUUCACUAUUGGAACUCGUGGGAACUGCGAGCCCAUUGUUUGUGCUGUGAUUUUGUGGAUCAUUAUCUGUCUUAUGAAUGGUAAUGUGUUGCAAGCUGCAUUUUGGUAUGGGCUUGUUGUCCAUUUUAGAAUUUAUCCCAUCAUCUAUGCACUUCCUAUUAUCCUGAUUCUUGAUUCAAACUUCUUCCAUUCUGGUCGGAAGCCAUUCCUUAGUUAUUGGACUGCUGGUCAUGGAAAGACAACCCAAAGCAGUACUGAUGUGACUUAUCACUGCAAUAUGCAGAAUGUAUUGACGAAAAUAUUUACUAGGCAGAGAGUUAUGUUUGGACUGGUAUCUGCAAUUGUUUUCUUCUCUUUCACUGGUCUUUUCUUCUACUUGUAUGGGUGGGCGUUCUUACAUGAGGCACUGUUGUACCAUCUUACUCGUACAGAUCCUAGACACAACUUUUCUGUCUAUUUCUAUCAUAUAUAUCUCCAAUAUGAAAAUGAGAUUUCCGUCCUGGAAAAGCUCAUCUCUUUCUUGCCUCAGUUCGUAGUACAGCUGGUUCUCAUUUCCUGCUUUGCACAGGACUUCCCAUUCUGUUUUUUUGUGCAGACUGUGGCCUUCGUAGCAUUUAAUAAGGUAAUUACGGCACAAUACUUUGUGUGGUUCUUUUGCUUGUUGCCUCUAAUUCUACCAUGGAGCAGUAUGAAGCUUAAAUGGGAAGGCAUAUGUUGCUUUUUUGUGUGGAUGGGAGCUCAAAUCCAUUGGUUGAUGUGGGGGUAUAUGCUUGAAUUCAAAGGCAAGAAUGUCUUCCUACAGCUUUGGAUGGCAAGCUUGGUGUUCCUGGCUGCAAAUACUCUUGUACUUAUCAUGAUCAUUCGCCACCAUCGGUACUCUCCAGUAUUUCGACAUCUAGAGUUCGAGAGUUCCAAGAACUCAGUAAAACUUGAGUGAGGGAUGAGACCCCAAGACCGUCCAAAGUUGAGAAUCGGUAUGGUCUUCGGCAACGUCAUUAGCUAUUGCUCUGGGAAUGUACAAGCAAUAUUUUAACACUCGAAAAGGAUCUUGAAUGGGUUAUGGUAAACAUAGAGCGUUCAAAACCCAUUAUCUUGUGUGUCCCAAGAUAGAUGAUACAGUUGUACCCAAACCUUUUCACGCCUUCCUUGGGCAUUGUGUUAAAGGCUCAACCAUUGAUCAAAAAGUUCUAAAAUUGUUGGAUA